AUGAACGGCGCCGGUGAUGGUCCACAGCGUCGCUACGUGCGCCCCAGUGAUCGACGUCUGGCUGAAGUGGCUGCUCAAGCUGCAGCUCAAAUUGACCUCAACACACUGCAAUAUCGACGUUCGGUAGCUGCCGGCGUUACGACCGAGCGCUCCAGGGACGGCGCUGUCGUUACUGCAACAAGUGUCAUUGAGUGUUCACUUGCAGAGAUGCGUGGUCUAUUGGCGGCACCCACGAACGAUCAUUAUGCCUGCGUGAUGCGAGAACUUGUCGGUCAGGACUUUAUCUAUGGAUCUAUCGUGCACCAUGCCGAGGAGAUCAAGACGUACAAUGUGACGGUCCGGACGGCGACGUUCUUGAAACGCCACAUGCUGGCACGCAAUGAGCAAUGGUGUUACGUCAGUGCUGUCAAGACGCUUCAAGCUCUCGGUAACAAUGAUGUUGACGGGUUCACGAUCGAACUUGCGUCGCUGGAUCCGGAUGAUGUGUUUAAUGGCAAGGCUCAAGCUGCCAGUGUGAUCAACAUCCGGGGCCUCUCGAUUCUCUUUCUCGUCACUGCUGAACCAGGCAGGAUUAUGAAGGGGGGAAGAACGAAGCGAGCUGUCCGGGUCACUUUUUGUGCACAUGUUGCGACUAUCGGUUCAAGCAGACCCUCACGCUUUCGGUGGCUCAACUUAGCGAGGAAUCGCGAAAAAGCCGACGAUGCGUCAAAUGGAGCUGUGCUAUCACGAGUCGUGCAGCUUGCGCAAGUACCAAAGCAGCUUCCGGUUGCAGUGCGUCGACGUCGACUGGACGCACAAGUACUUGCCGAUUUGCGAAAGGUACAGCCCAGUAACUCUCGUUGCGCAUGCUGCACGCGCCGGGUUGGUGUUAUGAGAACUAUCUUCAGUGCAUCAAAGGGAAAAUCGUCGUCGCGAGGUUCCAAGCGCUGCCAAUUGUGCGGGUUUCUUGUCUGUGCUCGUUGUGUCUGCACGGUCGGCACGGGCUCCAUGUCGAGUGAAACGUCCGAGCCUUCCACAACCGGUGUCAAGCACAGCCAAGCCGUGCAUCUUUGUGAACACUGCAUGCAGCGUGUAGAUGACGCUGACUAUGACAGCUACUGUGCUUCAAAUAACAGUUUGUCGCCUUUGGCUAUCCAGCCUGAUAGUCCUGAUACAGAGCCGGUCAGCGCGGCGAUCGCACGUGCACUUUGCCAAACGCUUGGGAACGCUUCUCAAGAAGAAAAACCUGUAGUCAUCCGAGUUAUCAAGCACCUCCUUAGUCCGAAACAGGAAAGAGAACCCAGCAAAUUCCGUGCUGACUCGGUCGAAUUGGCCAAGAGCUUGACCCACUUGGCGAAGAAACAAGGAUUGUCGAAAGAAAUACCCAAACCAAAGACGAAGCAAGGUCCUAAAGUCAUGUCUUACGGUUCAUCAAGUCCGGAAGAUAAGAGCGUUCCCCCGGUAGCAGGCACCUCAGGACGUCAAUAUGUGCUGCAGUAUGCUGACCUGUGCGAAGACAAUGCUGCGGAAGAUGCCGAGGAUACCGAAGACACUGAAGGUGCUGAAGACACUGAAGAAUUCAAAAACGGUGAUGUGGUCAGCAAUCUGGCGCGCCAUCCCGUACCAACUGACGAAGCCCACCGACUGCAAUGGGUUGACAAGCAUCGCAACAUUGUUUCAUGUAUCAUGGGUCUUCCGGAACUGCAUCUACUGUGCGAUCUCGCUCGUGGGGCUCUCAAAUGUGAUGAUGCGCUGGUUUCGAUUAUCGGACACAACGCGGUGCACGUGGUGGCGUCCACCAACCCUGCUUGGCAAGGGUCGCGGAUUCCUCGUGACCAAUCGAUGUGUUGUCACGCCAUCAUGACUGGAGCACCACUUCUUGUUCGUUUCCCCGAAGCUGACAUACGCUUUCAUUCGAUGGACAUUGUGCGUAGCGGAAUACGUUUUUAUUUCGGCUUUCCGGUAAUGAUCAUGUACGGCGAUGGUGGACGUUCAUUUGCCGUCGGGACGUUCUGUUGUGUCAACGCUGGCACAACUCGCGAGGUAUCGGAAUCCCAGUACGCGUUCGUCGCUACUCUCGCCGAAGGUGUGGCGCGUGUCAUGGAGAAGUUUGCUGAAGAGCUAGAUGAAAGCUGUUAA